AUGGCCGUAACCAACGCCGUCCAGGACCUCUUCAGCAGCAUCUACGAGCUCCUCUCGUCCAUCUUCAACGCCUUCUACCACGUCCUCCAGACCUUCUUCAACACCAUCAUCGGCUUCUUCACCGGCAUCGUCAACCUCAUCUCGGACAUCUUCUCGGGCGCCAUCGACGUCGUUGGCGGACUGGGAAAGUUCGUCCUGAGCAACUUUGUCAUCAUCGGCGUCAUUGCCGCCGCCGGCUACGCGUACGUCCACUACACGUCGCAGGGCAGACAGGUCGCCGCUGGCAAGAAGACGGCUUAA